CUAAUCCGAACUACAGUCCCCACAAUACCUCUCGCACUACGACUCCCAGCAAUCUCAUCGUCACCGACAAACGGUCCUGCAGCCACAUCGGAUCCGGAGGCGGUGGAAGCAGUAGCAACAACAGAGGCUAUAGGAGCAGUUGAGCGAUGGCGGCGGGAAGCGACUUGUUUAACCCCGCGACGGAGGAGGAGGGUCCCGGGCCCAGUGCCAAGAUGCUGCUGCCCAAGCUGCUGCCCGCAGGCUCAGCCGGCCGGGAGUGGCUGGAGCAGCGCCGGGCCUCCAUCCGGCCCUGGAGCACCUUCCUGGACCAGCGGCGCUUCUCUCGGCCUCGGAACCUGGGCGAACUGUGCAAACGUUUGGUGGGCAAUGUGGAGUAUUACCAAAGCAACUACGUCUUCGUCUUCCUGGGCCUCGUCCUGUACUGCCUGAUCACGUCCCCCAUGCUCUUGGUGGCCCUGGCCGUCUUCUUCGGAGCCUGUUACAUCCUCUACCUUCGCACUCUGCAGUCCAAGCUGGUCCUCUUUGGUGAGGCUGCCCCCCUGUCCCCCUGCCUCAGCCUCCCCCCAGCACUUGGGCCCCAGGACUCCGAUGCUCUUCCCUUUGCUAAAUCUCUGUUCCUGGGCCCUUCCUCACCCAACUGCCCACACCCUGACCUCCAGCUGGCACCUGUGGCCCUGCUUCCCUCCCAGCCAGAGAAUCACAGGCCUGAAAGGGCCCUGGGGGGGGCAAUAAAAGGCCUCUGAGCUGCCCCCUCCUCC